AUGUACACCUUCAAGCGCUCACAGCAGCAGCGACAGCCCUUCCCGGCUGGCAACGCCACUGCUGGCGAUGGGGAGGAGGAGACUACGGCGUACGUGGCGUCGCCCGAUGGAUACGGCGACGCGGGCGACGGCAACGCCGUGACGGGUGACGGGAUGGAGGCAGCGGCACCGCCGCUGGAGGGCGGAGCGGAUUCCGCGGGGCAGCCGCCGCAGGAGCAGCAGCCGGUGUCUGCUGAGCAGCUCUCCGGGCAGACGUCGUCGGCGGAGGAGGUGCUGCAGUACUGCCGCGAGAUGAUUGUUCGCCGCCACAUCACCCCGCCCCCGCAGUGGCGACGCAUGCGCGCCGAACUGCCGGCCUCCAUCGCAGAGUUGCGGCUCACACCCUCUGCUCCGGAGCCCAUUCAGAGCACCCACCCCAUCACCCCGUCACCCUGCGUUGUCCUGCAGCUCGACAACAGCGUGCCGGAGGGGAUGACGGCCAAGGAGUACUCCAAGAGCCUCGUAAAGUAUGUCAUGGACCUCCUCGCCUACCAGCGGGCCUCCACCGCCAUCACCUCGCUGCGGUUUGUAAAGAUUGGCACGGAGUUGUCGCAGCUUGUGUUAACCUUUGGCCGCGACGUCCAGCUGGCAUCGUUGGUGCUGGGGGAAUUUGCAAAGGUCGGUCUCCGGGCCGGGUUUGGCGCCCCCAUCAAGGAGCACUCGCCGAACGCGACCUUCCGUGUGACGGACUACUACAUGACGCUGCACGAUGGUCGUGGCAUCACUGCGGAGGACAUCGUCGCACUGUUGGGGUCGACGCAGUCGCCGCAGGACAUUAGUGUCCUGGCCGGGUAUGAGCCCGGGGUGUUCUACGCGGCGGCGAAGCGUCCAGAGACGGUGUACGCCUGGCUGUGGAACCCCUUUUGCUCCUUCGUGGUGCAGCGAACUCUCUUUGAGCAAUGUGGAGUGCUUGUGACAAUGGCAGACUGCCCGCAUGACUUCGUUGGACGCGGUGGGUCCCCGUUGGCCGUGGGGCAGGGGAGGCGGGAGCCCGGGCGGGGCCGACGGGGCUUGCAGGGCGGCGGCCACGGCGGCGACGAAGACGACGAGGAGGAGGAGGGGGAAGUGGCUGAAUUUGGUGCCGAGGACGACGACUAUGACGCGGACACUUACAACGACCUCGGCGGAGGCAGUCGCGUGGCAAAGAGCGGCGCACUGGAGUGGACCCGCAACGCAAAGGAUGAAAUUGAUAUCUUUGAGGGAAUCGACAAGCCAUCGACGCGAGAAGCAGCGCGCCUGGAAUUUAUGGAUGACGACAUCACAGAGCUUUUGCAGCAAGUAAAUGCGGAGAAGCAGCAACAGCAGCCUACGGUGUACACUGGCACGACUCAAGCGGCUGGGCCUUAUGAUCGGGCUGCUGACGGAGUGAUAUUGCCCACCCCGUAUGCGCAGCCGCCCGCCCUGCAGCAACCCCAGCAGCAGUACCCGUACUACGGCGGAGGUGCGCUGCUGCCUCCAUGGCAACAAGAGCAGCAGCAACAACAACAGCUUAUACGUGACCAGCAAUUAGUGGGGCAAACGGUGCCUCUGCCGUAUGGUACGAUGCCCCCGUCCGCGGACGGCUACAUCUUGGCACGCGAGCCAAACGUAAAGUAUCCUGAGCUUGUAGAUGAGGACGCCACCAGUGCGCUUCCAGAGCCUGUGAACAACGAGGAUAUGACUUCAAAUGGAGAACUAUCACAGCAGCAAGAACAGCAGCCUGAAAUGUAUUGGAUUCCAGAGGGGGCGUCAAUGCCGGUAGUUGGAAAUGGGGGUAUUUUGUACCCUAUGCCCUCACUGCCUCCCUAUCUUACACAGUCAUUUGCCCCUUCAAUACAGUUGCCACUGCAUCCGCAUCCCAUGCACGACGGAAUGAGCGUUAUGCCUUCUAUUCUCGGGCAGCCCUUGUACGGCAGCCCCUAUGCUACUGUUGGCGUCGGUCUCAUAAAUAAUAACAUUAAUAAUCAAAACAGCGGCAUGACUCAGCAGCAGCAGCAGCAGCAGCACUCUAAUAUGGGUAUUCUUCCCUCUUUUCCCAUGGCAGACGUGUCGCAGCCACUGCCACGCGUGAUGACGGCAGAUAGAGUGCAAGAGUUGGCCAUACGAGUUGUGGAGCUGGCGCAGGUGAUAUUUCCGGCCCCAGCAAGGUCCGCAGCACUACUACUACCGCCCCCGCCCGCAGGAACGGAAGAAGAGACGGAAGGCGCCGUCACCGUGCAGCUCGCCUCACCUGCUAACGAGGGGAAAAGGGUUUCGGAGACACUGUUUCCCAGGGUCCCAUGCACCGCCACUGUGCCCCAUAUGAGUGCGGAGUUGGAGGACCUCAUCUCGUUUGUUCGGGAUGAGUACCUGCAACUCAAGCAGGUGAUUGAGAGCUCUACUCCUGAGGUGCAGGAAAGCCGCCGCCGCAUCGUAUCCGCCCUGCUCGCCCAUGAACCAGGUCUACUUAACAACGAUGAGGAGACUGAUUGGGUGCCGCAGGAGCAGGGCAGCGCCAACGCGGAGGGGACGAGGUGUCUGCAACUGCCCGCUCUCCUUCCAUACUUGUUAGCAACGACGGAGGGAACUGAAGUUGUGUCCGCCAUAGCGUCAUAUGAGACAGAACAACUUCUUCCGCUCCUGACACGAUAUGUGUUGCCGUUUCUAUUGGAUGCCGCAGUCGUGCGCUCCGUCGUCGCCGUGGCGCUGCGCGCGGAGCCAACGGCGGAGAAUCCGCUGGUAAAACGUAUUAUACGUCACUGGGAGGCUCUGACCAACUGGCUGCAUGCAUAUAUUAAUUCUCAGGCUGCUGCUGCGGAGGUGCGUGCAGAGGGAGAGUUGGAGCACGCCGCAGCAACCCAGCAGCCAGUUAGAUCCACAACAACAAGGUCGACGGUGGUACGCCGACUCACCUCGCAGGUGGGGAACACAAUUGACAUGCUUCUGGCGGCCAUGUCCCCAGAACAGCGCGCUGGAACAAAAGCGUACCUGAAUGCCACAAACGCGCUCGAGACAUUUGUACGGUCUUUGCAGACGGUGCGGCAGGAGGAGUCUGCGCAGCAAGCUAAGGGUGAGGAACCCCGGACAGCAGCCGCCUCCCAGCUGUCUAUGGCCACGCUCUGGAGCGCCGAUGGAGCUGUCCACCGCUCUUUAAUGCGUCUCUACCUUAACGCCAACCUCCUGGACGGAACGGAGCUGGUGGAUUUGUUAUUCGUCCCACAAUCCUCCUUAACGCGGGAUCAAUAUUACUUUGUUCUCGUGGCCUUCUCGAAGAGCCUCGUUAGUCAGGUCUUGAGUGAUGAGACGGCGCGCGCCUGCGGUGCGUUCUUGCGUUUAAUGGAGCAGAAACUGCUUCAGGUGGAAACCUCCAACAGUGACGACAGCUGCGGCGGCAGCAGCGCGCCCGUACUGACCGAAAAGGACGCCGUACACCUCCUCGACGCUGCGCUGCGGGCAGUUGGCUCGGCAGAAGUGUACACGUGCUUGCGGGAUGCGUACCUCGCGGCGGUUCCACCGAUGAGGCGGUACGAGAAGGUGGAGGCCAAGCUGGCGCGGCCAACGCUGCCGGUGAUGUCAUCUUUGGCGCCUCCUGCGCCACAACACAACCCUCAUCACCAUCCGCACCAUCCGCACCGGCAGCAAGGGGAGGAGGAACAACCGUCUGACCCACAAAGCGGCUGGCAGGCGGCGUGGACGGCGGCCAUGCGUAACUACCCGCAGUUGGGCGACCCGUUUACCCCGCUGCCGACAGGCUGGACGAGCGCACUGAGCCGCUCGUACGGGCACUAUUACUUCAAGAAUGCCAAAGGCACCGCGACCUACAAGCAUCCGACGGACGCGGCAGAGUUCAUGGCGACUCCUCAGGCCUUCCUGCAGGAAACUGGUGUAACCGCCACCCUCGCUGAUGUCCUUGCGUACGCGAAUAAUAGCCACACUAACACCAAUAAAACCGAGGAGGAGAAGGAGGGGGAGGAGGUUGGGGCUACAGCACCCGCGGGAGAAUUGGUAGCAGCUCGCUCGGUGGAUAAUGGUGUGAAAAUUACAGAGGAAGAGGCGAAGAAUUGGUUGGCAGAUCAGCGAAUACGCGUGGAGGCGCUCGACAUGGCCACUCUGGCGCUGCUGAGGAUUACAUAUCGUGCCGGUGGAAGUUCGGGGCGGCGUGGUGGCCACGACCGCAGCAGAAGGUCUAGUCGGCGUCGACGUGAGAGCAGCGAGGGUCACCGGCCCCACAGUCAUCAUCACCAUUCCCGCAAACGUGCACGCGGGAGUUCGUGCAACGCGGCCGAGUUGCAACGCAAGCUGGUCAAACUCAGCAGCUACCCACCACGCGGCCAUCCGUUUCCACCACUCCUGCGUGGUUGGACAUGCAACCUGAGCUCCUCGAAUGGGUUAUACUACUUUCGACCCCCGCGGGGAAACCCCGUUUAUCAGCAUCCGUUGAGCCGUCGCGAGUACCGCGCCUCACCGCAGGCGUUUGUCUUGCAUCGUGGCAUCCACGCCAACGCGAUCGCCGUUGAGGCGCACAAAUCCGUGGAGGAGGUUGAGAGGUGGUUGGCGGAUCAAAGGCAGCGCGACGAGGCCUUGGAUGCGGCGGUGGUUCUCAUGGUUCCGAUAGAAUAUGCCCUUAGCCCUGACUACGAUGAGGACGACACGUGGGCGUGCGGUGAACCGCAGCACCAGGAGCACCAAGCGCAGGGGCAUGCGGCGGAGGAGGAACCGGGGGAGCCGCAGCAGCAGCAGCAGCAGCGGCAAGAGGAGCAAGAGGGUGGCAAUCGUCUUCGUAGUGUCAGCCCUCACAACACAACAGCAACAACAACGUAG